AUGUCAGACAAUAAUAGCGAUCUCCUAUCUACUUACAGACUUCAGCUUGAACAAGUAGAAAAUACAUUGAAGGAAACAUCGAGUGACGAAUUAAUUCAACUAAGAGAUGAUCUAAGAGAAGCAAUUUCGCUUUAUAACAGCUAUGAGCAAGUAGAAGAAAUAAUAUUGUCUUCUGAUUCAGAUGACGAUACCGAAGAGGAGGCAGAACAGAAUAAUAUUGUGCGAGAAAUUGUGGGUACAAAAUGCAGUGUAAAGUUUUCAUGUAAAACGAGCGGACUAAGACGACAUAAUGCGGUUGUGCUUGGUAUCGAAUCAGUGGCUGAAAAUUCAGUGCGUGUUUUAUUUUGUCAACCCACGAGAUUAGAUCUAAAACCGUGUAUACAUUAUUUGAAUGACACGUGUCGAUUUGGAGACAAGUGCAAAUAUUCUCAUGGCUAUGUUGUGGGUGUUAGCGAUUUACUAGAAUAUGUUGAACCUGAUUUCAGCAAUUUAGCUGUGGGUCAAUGCUGUUUAUGUAAGCAUGGCGAAAAUGAUGUGUGGCAAUCAGCUGUUAUUGAAUCAAUUGAACACGAUAACCACUUGUGUGUUGUUCGCUUUAUUCAUUUUAACGCUAUUGAAGCAAUUCCGUUUGAAUCAUUGAUAACAACUGGAGAAGUAGCUAUCGAUGAAGAAAGUAGUGAACAAACACAUCAGCUGGAUAACGAUGACAACACUCACUCUGGCUAUUCCACAUCAUCAACAACAAGGACAACUUUAGGGAAAUUAGGCGAUUGGGAGAAAAAUACGAAAGGUAUUGGAUCAAAAUUAUUAUUGAAAAUGGGUUACAAAGUCGGGCAAGGACUUGGUAAACGAAAUCAAGGACUAGUCAAUCCGAUUGAUGCUCGAAUACUACCAAAAGGAAAAUCACUAGAUGCUGUUAUUGCAUUGCGUAAAAGUAACAAACUUCAAAGUGCAUUUAAGACCAAAAAAAUCACCACAAAAACAAUACAAAAACAACAGAAAAGCGAAAAACUAAAGCAUAAAUUGGCUGAACAAGAUGUUUUCACAUUUCUUGAUAAAGUAUUUGUGACUCAAACAAGACAUGGAUACGAAGAUCCAACGCCAUCACCUAUUUUCAAAAAUAAGCAUAAAACAAGAUCAGAUGAUGUAUCCACCUCGCUCAUCUUGAGUACACAAGUUAUAAGAAAACACGAUGAAAUUCGACAAACUGAAAAAGAUAUACGCCAUUUAGAAGAUAGAAUAAAACGAAAUGAACAAAGUGGUUCUCUGACGGUGGCUGCAAAUCUGAAACAACAUUUAUCACAAAAGAAAGCAAACUAUAGUAAAUUGAAACACGUUGAAAGUGAUUUAUUGACAAAGCAUCGAAAUGUGAAAGUUGGUACAAUAAUGUUAGCGGCGUGA